GUUUAGCUGGAAUCAAACACGCCAAACAAUAGCUUAUUUCAUCUCCAGCAAUCCUUGGAAUCACGAUGGCGGCCGCGGACGUUGCAGUGAUGAAGAAUGAUCUAACACGCUCGUUGAAACAAUCGGGACAUGUCGGAUUCGACAGCCUUCCCGAUCAGUUGGUCAGCAAGAGCGUCCAAAACGGAUUCGUAUUCAACAUUAUGUGCAUCGGAGAGACGGGUCUCGGUAAGUCGACAUUGAUGGACUCGCUGUUCAACACGAACUUUGAAUCGCAGCCAAGUCCUCACACGCUCCCGAGUGUUAAGCUGAAGGCACACACGUACGAGCUGCAAGAGAGCAUGGUUCGGCUGAAGCUGACGAUCUGCGAUACGGUUGGUUACGGCGACCAGAUCAAUAAGGACGACUCGUUUAAGGCAGUAGUCGACUAUAUUGAUCAGCAGUUCGAAGCAUUCCUGCAGGAGGAGCUCAAGAUUAAGCGCUCGCUGUCGACGUACCACGACAGCCGUACGCACAUUUGUCUCUAUUUCAUCUGUCCCACCGGACAUGGGCUGAAGUCGCUCGAUUUGGUCUGCAUGAAGAUGCUCGAUUCGAAGGUCAACAUCAUUCCGAUCAUCGCCAAGGCAGACACGAUCUCGAAAACGGAACUGGCCAAAUUUAAGGCAAAGAUCAAUGAUGAGCUGCGUGUGAACGGUGUCCAGAUCUAUCAGUUCCCGACCGACGACGAAUCGGUGGCGGAAGUGAACACCACGAUGAACUCGCACAUUCCAUUUGCGGUUGUGGGAAGUACGGAUUUUGUGCGAGUCGGUAACAAGACGGUACGGGCACGCCAGUACCCGUGGGGCACCGUGCAGGUGGAGAACGAAGCGCACUGCGACUUCGUGAAGCUGCGUGAGAUGUUGAUCCGCACGAACAUGGAAGAUAUGCGUGAGAAGACGCACACGCGCCAUUACGAACUGUAUCGUCAGAAGCGUCUGGAGGAGAUGGGCUUCACUGAUGUGGACAGCGACAAUAAGCCGGUAUCGUUUCAGCAGACGUUCGAGGCAAAGCGCAGCAAUCAUCUGGCCGAACUACAGGCUAAGGAGGAUGAGGUGCGCCAGAUGUUUGUAGUGCGCGUAAAGGAGAAAGAAGCUGAGUUGAAGGAGAGCGAAAAGGAGCUCCAUGCCAAAUUCGACAAGCUAAAGAAGGACCAUGCCGAAGAAAAGCGCAAGCUGGAGGAAUCGCGCAAAAAGCUGGAAGAAGAGUUCGUCGAAUUUAAUCGGCGCAAAUCACAGAUGACGGCACACCAUACGCUAACGCUGGGCAAGAGCAAAAAGAAAUGAACUUCCUAAUGAAGGCAUGGAUGCGCGAUCCACAUAAAUUCGUUGCAAAUUUGCGAUACGUGUUUUAUGCUCUCUUUCUGUCUUUCUCCUUCUAUUGUCGAAUCUAAUUUUGCUUCCAAUACAAAAUUGCAGAAUUUAUGUGGUUUUUGGUUGUGGCGCAUCUUUUUUUCAAUUUGUUUUCCUUUUGCGAUUAUGAGAAGUAUUUCACAUAAAGUAUAAACUGAUAUCAUGAUACUGAAUUGUUUUCAAAGCGAAACAACAGCCAGCAGCAACCUAUUUGUGCAUGCUUUUGUGCUGUUUAACAAAUUUAUCGUGCGGAACAAACAAAACAAAGUCGUAAUGUGCAAAUGAUUAUUGUAACAACGAUAGCAGUUGUGAAAGCUUGGUAAUGUAAUAUCUUUACAAGAAAACGUUUUAAAAACAUGUGUAGGAAAAGGAAGCAGAGCCAAAAUUAUUUUAAAAAACGAAAAAGAACAUGUAUGUACACUUUUUGACAAUGCUUCUCUUUCUGUAGGUGCACGGGAAAUAGAUAGAGUAUUACCUACCCAACCAAAAAAAGAAAAACAAACAAAGAUUAAGCUCGACCAAGUUUAACUGUAGUAGAAUUCCGCUACGAAACCGCAUGGUCAGUCUCACUUAUGGAUACAUAUGGAUCCAUAAUGUCUCAAUAUGGAUACAUUCGAAUGGGAUAUAAAUUAGCAAUGCUUUUUACCCUUCCGUUC